CUAAAUCUGUUCUAAUGUACUAGCGACGCCGCAAUGAAACAAAUCUGAGUUAUCAGUUUCUCAACAGCCUCCUCAAAAAAGCUAACCUCCUCAAAAUCUCUUAUCCAAUUAAGCCUCUUUCAACAGCCGACAACAAAAACGACGACAAUGGGACGCGCACUCCUUUCUCAGUUUCUCCUCUCCAAUUCCCCUACAUGCCUUGCGUCCACUUCACUGUCACUCAAUGGACUUCGACGACAGUAUCUUAAAAGUCCGAGGCUAAUUAGUCAGAAUGCACGGCACGCCGCUGCUUUCCGUUGCCAUUGCAGUGUCUCCGCUGCUCAACCUGACGCUCCGGCGAGCUCUUCUAGCGCUGUGAAGAAGAGGAUAGUGUCAGGAGUCCAGCCAACAGGAUCUAUUCACCUUGGAAAUUAUCUCGGUGCUAUAAAAAAUUGGAUAGCUCUGCAGAAUACAUAUGAGACUUUAUUCUUCAUUGUGGACCUCCAUGCGAUUACAUUACCAUAUGAUACACCACAAUUAUCUAAGGCUACAAGGAAUACGGCUGCAAUUUAUUUGGCCUGUGGUGUUGACAAUUCCAGGGCCUCUGUAUUUGUGCAGUCUCACGUACGUGCACAUGUAGAACUAAUGUGGCUUCUAAGUUCUGCCACACCAAUUGGUUGGUUGAAUAGAAUGAUUCAGUUCAAAGAGAAAUCUCGCAAGGCGGGGGAUGAAAAUGUUGGGGUUGCUCUUUUGACUUAUCCUGUUCUAAUGGCUUCUGAUAUUCUUUUGUAUCAGUCCGACUUUGUCCCAGUUGGUGAGGAUCAAAAGCAGCAUCUGGAGCUGACCCGUGAGUUGGCUGAGCGUGUUAAUUAUUUAUAUGGAGGAAGAAAGUGGAAAAAGUUAGGCGGGCGAGGAGGUGCUAUAUUUAAGGUUCCUGAGCCCCUUAUACCACCAGCUGGUGCCCGAGUUAUGUCUCUCACUGAUGGUCUUGCCAAGAUGUCAAAAUCUGCACCUUCUGACCAAUCUCGGAUCAAUCUUCUUGACCCAAAGGAUGUGAUUGCAAACAAGAUAAAGCGAUGCAAAACUGAUUCAUUUCCAGGCCUUGAAUUUGACAACCCUGAAAGACCUGAAUGCAACAAUCUCCUUUCAGUGUAUCAACUUGUUUCUGGCAAGACAAAAGAGGAGGUUGCGCAGGAAUGUCAAGAUAUGAAUUGGGGCACGUUCAAACCUCUCCUAACAGAUGCCUUGAUUGGUCAUCUACAUCCCAUCCAGGUUCAAUAUGAGGAAAUAAUAUCUGAUUCAGCUUAUUUGGAUAGAGUCUUGGAGGAAGGUGCAGCUAAUGCUGCAGAGAUAGCGGAUGCUACUCUCAAUAAUGUAUACCAGGCAAUGGGAUUUUUGCGGAGAUGAGUAGAAUCAAUGCUUGGGGAAGAAUUGUGGGAAAAGACCUGUCAGACAGCAACCUUAAAGUUAACUUUCUGAUGAUCUAUCAUUGCCCACAAUUAUUUGGAUUAGACCCAUGAGCAUAUAUUUGGUGAGUGAAUGAGAUAAUUUAUUGGGAUUGCCCCACAAUUUUGUUUUAAUGCAGCUAGCUCUACCUCUAUCAUCAAGACAGGUGCCUCUUUUAUUCUCUGUUAAUUUGGGAACUCUAUGUGACAUGUUUUUCUUCACAAUGUUUAAGCGCAUUUGAUCUACUGGUAAUCUUAUGUUGAUUUUUGGUUUUCUCCUGUGUCCUUGAUGUGGCCAUAUUGAGUUAUUAAUGAAAUAUUUACCAUUUUGCUUUA